UGAAACUGAAAGUACUGCUGCUGCUGCAGCUGGGGCGCCUUUUUUUUCACCUUCAGUCCUGUGAACGCGACGGGGGGGUGAAUCUGGUCGCGGGGUAGAAAACCCUGGGCCCUGGGUAAAGCAUGAACGGAAGAGUAGAUUAUCUCGUCACGGAAGAAGAGAUCAACCUUUUCAGGGGACCCUCAGGGCUGGGCUUCAACAUCGUCGGAGGGACAGACCAACAGUAUGUAUCCAACGACACUGGCAUCUACGUCAGCCGAAUCAAAGAGGAUGGGGCUGCGGCCCAGGAUGGGCGGCUCCAGGAGGGGGAUAAGAUCCUCUCGGUGAAUGGCCAAGACCUGAAGAAUUUGCUGCAUCAAGAUGCUGUGGACCUCUUCCGAAAUGCUGGUUCUGCCGUGUCUCUGAAAGUGCAGCAUAGGGUCCAGGUGCAGAACGGACCCUUGGGCCAUCGAGGGGAAGGAGAACCAAGUGGCGUCCCCGUUGCCAUGGUGUUGGUGCCAUUGAUGGCUGUUGCCUUGGCAGCAGCCUGGGUCAUCAUGAGAUAUCGGCAGCGGCUGUGAUAAGAAUUUGUUUCCCCCCAGUGCUCCCCGAUGAUCUUUCUCCCUCUCUCUGUCUGCCCACCUAUCCACUUCUGUACAGAGCCACCACAUGAUUUAAAGAGAACGAAUGGACUGUUCUGUUCUGGACUGAUGUUGGGGAGGGCUUGUCCAACUACUGAGAAGCUGUCUUUCUUUCGAGGAGGGUGGAGGAGUGGGAAAUGGGUUGGCGAGCUGAAGGAGAGAGUCCUGGGUAUGGGAGAGAUGGGUAUUCAUUAGGGUAACCAGCGGUCCAGCCAUGGGCCUCGUCCCCCAGCUAGGAAAAUCCUGCCAACCUGCUCACCCAAGGUGAUACCUUUCCUUUUGCCUGGCCUGUUUCAAGGCCAAUUGUGUAGCUGAGAGAAAGAGAAAAAAGGAUUUUCCUCUUUUAGUGAUCUUACUUGGAAACUCUUUUUGGUCCUCACUUUUUUCCUGUCUACAAACCUAGGUGCCUACAUGAACAAAGGAGAAUGAGGGGGCCAUUUUUACCAUUGAAAAACAUGAUGAUAGUAAAUGCCUUAUGGAGAAUUAAAGAGACAAAAUAC